AUCUUGGAGGUCUAAGGUUCAAAUCUAGUUAAUAUCGUUAAGUUUCAUAGUAUUUUGUUUCAAAGUUAAAUAAUUCUAGGAUCUCAUAUAUUUUCUAAACGUUUUCUUUAUAUUUAAACAAAUUUUUUAUUAAAUGUAUUACUUAGAAAGAUAUUGAAAUCAGAAUUAUUUUUGAUUUAGAACAUUAUUUUCAACGAGGGCAAAAAAUUGAGACUCUAAGUAAAAGGCUUUUUGAUUUGGAAACAAAAAGAAUAUAUUUGAAAGGCGGAUGCUUAUGAUGUGUCAGCAGGAGACAAUUGAAGUUGACCUUGAACGAAAUGCAGGUAGGCGAUGAACCGAUAAUGAUUUUUUGAAGACCUUUGAUAGAGCGAAUCACUUUGUUAGAAUGGAAUAACUUAAAACAUUAACUGUGAACAAAUGAAUUCUCAAUCAAUCGAAAUUGUACAUAAGAUGAUGACAUUGUUACAUAUUUUAUUGAGGGUUUCCUCCUAUUGGUAUUAUCUCAAACUAAAGUGUCCCCCAAGGUAACAUUGUUGGACCUCUUUUACUAAACAUAUGUAUUACUAGUUGAAAAAAUUUACAUGAAAUCUGAGGUACCUUAUAUUCAAUAUACCGUCGGUUUUUGAAAUGGCAUUGAAAAUUAAAAAUUUAAAGGGUUUCUUACUUGCGUGAGCAACGUAACGUUAUACGGUGUAAUCAAUAUAGAGCCCGAGUAUUGUAACAAUUACUGCUAAAGCUGUUGACUUAGGUUCAUUGGAAGAACAAGUACUUAUCUCUGCACUAACAUAAGUUAUUCUAUAAUAACGUGACAAAGAAUAAUCUAGCAGAGUAUUCCGUUUUAUUCCUGCAACAUUAUUAAAAACAUCAAGGAUAGAGUCGUUGCAAACAUUGUGUUGUUUAAUUAAACUAUUUAUAAAACUACAUUACAUUGAUUAUAUUUAAAUUUAGUGGUUUUUUUAACAAGAUGCAAGUUAAGGGCAUGAAAGAUAAAGAAGCUGAGAAGAUAAUAAAUUAACAUAAGUAUUAUCAAGGUUUCACGUAUUCGGGAGGCAUGAACAAAAUAUUUUUUUAUUAAAAGAUUCUAAAAUUUUAGGUUUUAAUUAUUUAACUUUAUUAUAUAAAUAUAUUUAAUAACUAAAGAAACUAUUAAUUUUUAACCAGUCGUUAGGUAAUAGAUAUUCCGAUUAAUAAAUAACCUUAAUUAGAAUGGAUAAAAAAUGUCUACUUAAGCGUUUUAUCGAGUGUACGGAACCAUUAGUUUCGGACAUUGUGAAGCAGUUUUAACAACAAGCAUUAUGAAGUUUAUUGUAAUUAUAUUUCCUUUAUCUCUCUGUCACGAAAUAAGAACAUAAGAGUGUUUUUAACAAUGUUUUCUAAUAUAUUUCAUAUCUUCCAGGUCUUUACGGUUGUCUGUUUGUCAGUCUUAUCAAGUUCACAUCGACUGGGUUUUAGAAGACCUGAAAAUGAUUUUGAUACAGAUGUAGGAUCAGAUAUCGGAUCGGACUUUGGAUCAGGUCUUGACGUGGAUGCUCCAGCUGCAGCUAAUGCAGAGGCGGUCGCAGACGGAACAGGGACAGCAACAGCGAAUGCAAAAGCUGUUGCCCGAGGUUCAGGACGAGCUAAUGCUGUGGCGAGGGCUGUAGCGAACUCUAUGUCCGACAUGUUUGGACCACGAUCACGAAGUGCUGCAAGUAGCUACGAGAAAGGAGUAAAUUUUGGUGAAAAUCAAUUCAACAGCGGUGCCAGUGGUACUGAAAGUCAAAGUUUCUACAAACGAGGUCAUAGAAACUUCUACAACCACGAACAUCACCACAGCAAAGUUACUAAAGUCGAGCACGCUGAGACCAGUGACGAGCACGACAUCGGCGGAAGUCAAGCCAACGACGGAGGUGCUCAUAAAUCAAAUGCCUUCGAUAAAUACGAGAACGGCGCCAGUUUCUUUGGAAAUACCUUCGAGAAUGACGCCCAAGAAGUUGAGACGACGCUCUAAAACAAUUAAAUUAAAUAAACCAUCCAUAAAAAUUA